AUGGGAUCGAACAGAGUCGGCAGCGUGUUUCUAGGCGACUUCCAACGCCAUCGGCAUCUCUCCUCUUCGACGCACAGUAACAGCCCGCCUUCCUCUCCACCACCCACGAGUGCAGGAGGCAGCAGCGGCAACACCAUUGCAGGAGUUUUCUCAUUUCAUCAGCCCCAGCAUCAGCAGUUGGCUACUGCAGCUGAGGAGAUUGACAACAUUGACAUGGAGUUCGAUGGAAACAAGAACGCAGCACCACCUGCUCAACGACAGGGUGUAUCAGAUGGCUCUGCGCAUUCUGGAAUAGAGCACAUAAAACCGGGCAAAGUGGACCCUGUGUUGGCGCUAGAGCUCCGUUUGCGGUGGCUAGAGGCGUUGAUACUGGGCAUGAAACAUCAAGAUAGUGUUGCAUCGUUGGGCCGAAAAGGCAAGGCUAGAGAAGAAUUCGCUGGCACUGCAAACUUAAAAAAUGGGGAAACGUUGAUGCGACUUACAAAGAACGUCGAAAGCGGGCUAGGGAAAGUUGUAGAGGGCAACGAUGGUUUAAGAAAGUUCAUGAGCAAUUAUGACCAAAAUGCCCACCUCUUAACCCCUUCUUUCGCGCUGUCCGGCAUACUGCCCGAUCCCCCAACAUACGAUGACAUGACAGCCGAAGAAUUAAACGCCCUUUUGGUCGAGAUGGAGCCCGAUAUACGCUCAGCUGACAGAGACAUGCUUGAGAUAGAUGCACUGGAAAAGAAAGGCGUAACUGGCGCAGGAAGUCUUCCAGAAUACGAACGACUGGAACCCCGCCUAAAAUCGUUGCUAGAGGCCUAUGAGGAAGACGCGAAGCUUGCAGCAUCUCUCGAGAUGCGAAUAUCAUCCUUGGUCGAACGCCACACAACAUAUGUCGACACUCUGUCCGAACUGUUUGUUGCUUGGGAUGACACCCUGACUGAGGCGGAAGAUAAGCUCGCCGUCAAGGAACGUGAAAAGGCAGAACGACUUCGACUAGGUUUCGAGUGA